AUGUGGAAAUUUUUUAAAAGAAAUCACUUAAUUUUUACAAGUUUAGCCACCACGGGCGGAGUUUAUUAUUAUUAUAAUACAACUAAAAGACGUCCACAGAAGAAUUAUCAAAAUCCCUCCACUUUUACUUCAAAGCUUUUCGGUUCCGAAACUUAUGCUGACGCGAAUAAUCCAAUUUUAUUUGAAGGUCUUUCUGAUAGGCCACACACUUUAUGGACUCCUCCUUCAAGAAAAGAAAUGCAAAAUUUACUCAAAAAUUCGUCUCAAGAAAAUCAAAUUUUUGACAUUUUAGUUAUUGGUGGUGGUGCCACUGGUUCAGGAACAGCUCUCGACGCUGCAACAAGAGGAUUAAAAGUGGCAUUAGUUGAAAGAGACGAUUUUGCUGCCGGAACUUCUUCUCGUUCUACAAAAUUAGUACACGGUGGCGUAAGGUAUCUCGAGAAGGCUUUUACCGAGUUUGAUUUUGAACAACUCAAACUCGUUAGAGAUGCCCUUCAUGAACUCCCAUAUUUUUGGGUUGGGGUUAAGGGUUACGAUUUUCUUGCAAGUUUGGCUGGCGAAAGUCUUGAAAGUUCUUACUUUCUGACUCGCAGCAAAGCACUCGAAGUUUUUCCGUGGUUAAAAAAAGAUAAACUUGUUGGCGCUUUUAUUUAUUAUGAUGGUCAACAUAAUGAUGCACGAAUGAACGUGGCUCUCGCUCUAACUGCGGUUUCUCGAGGCGCAGUUGUUGCGAAUCACGUGGAAGUAUUAAAUUUGUUGAAAGAUGAUCAGGGCAAACUUAAAGGUGCACAUGUAAGAGAUAAUUUAACUGGCGAAGAAUGGGAUAUCAUGGCUAAAGUUAUUAUAAAUGCUACUGGCGCAUUCACAGAUGGUAUCCGUUCCAUGGAUAAUCUUCAAGUCGAAAAAAUAGUACAACCUUCUUCUGGAGUACAUAUAACUUUACCAAAUUAUUAUAGUCCUAGGAAUUAUGGUAUGAUUGAUCCAAAAACAUCAGAUGGAAGAGUUGUUUUCGUUUUACCUUGGCAAGGAAAUACGAUUGCCGGCACAACAGAUUCCCCUACUCAAGUAACAUAUAAUCCAAUUCCUACUGAGGGUGAAAUUCAAUGGAUUCUAAAUGAAGUUAGAAGUUAUUUAAGUGCCGAUAUUAAAGUUCGACGUGGAGAUGUUCUUGCUGCAUGGUCUGGAAUUCGUCCUUUGGUUCGAGACCCAGCUGCUAAGAAUACCUCACAAUUGGUGAGAAAUCACAUGAUUGAUGUGAGUGAAUCUAAUUUGAUUACCAUUGCUGGUGGUAAAUGGACGACAUAUAGAAAUAUGGCACAAGAAACUGUUGAUAAAGCCAUUGAAUUAUUUGAAUUGAAGCCAUUAAACGAUAGUUUAACUGAAAAGGUUAAACUGAUUGGAUCACACGGAUAUUCGAAUACAAUGUUUAUAAAGCUUAUUCAACGAUUUGGAUUAGAAACAGAAGUUGCGCAACAUUUGGCAAAUAGUUAUGGUGAUCGUGCAUGGGCGGUUGCUGCGUUUUCCGAGCCUACAGGUAAAAGUUGGCCAGUCUUUGGAAAACGAAUAAGUCCAUUUUAUCCUUACAUUGAGGCAGAAGUUCGAUAUGCAGUCCAUCGAGAGUAUGCAUGUACUGCUGUGGUGGUUGCACGUCGUACACGUCUCGCAUUUCUUAAUGCUCAAGUAACUCUUGAAUCGCUUCCACACAUUAUUGAAAUUAUGAGUCAAGAACUUGGUUGGUCAUCAGAACGCCGAACUCUCGAAUUUGAUCAAGCAGUCGAAUUUUUAUAUACAAUGGGUCUUCCCAAAUCUAAUGGGAAACUUACUCUUGAAGGAGUAAAACAAAUAAAACAUAUUAAACCAUCUGAAUUUGAAGAAUUGUAUUCUAGAUCACAAUUUCAACCAGAAGAAAUAGCCAGUUUCCAAAAAGUAUUUUCAGAUCUUGAUAAAUCAGGAGAUGGCCUAGAGUUUUCCGAUUUAAACAAAGCAUUAGUUAUGGUUGGAUUUUCUAUACCUGAUCAAGUUUUAGAAAAAAUUCUCGGAGAAGCAAAAUUGGAAAAGAAUAGAUCUAUAGAAUAUGAUGAAUUUUUAGAAGUUUUGAGUGGAGUAAAAGAAUAUCGUAUUGAUCGUAUAAAGGGUGUAGAUAAAGCGACAAUGUAUGUACAAAGCAACAUUCCAACUGAAAGAUCAUCUGGAGGAGUAUAA